AUGCUAUAAGCGUAAAGACGGCACGUCAUCUGCUACUCUUUCUUGUGGUUUCUCAGAGAAGUAGCGAAAACCGGUGAAGUCUCGGAAUUUUAGGUAGAAUUAACUUAUUACAAGCAAUUUAGGUGGACGACCAUGGCCUCGGGAGGAGACUCCAAAAAUGAUGAUUUAUCAACAGCAAUCCUGAAACAAAAGAGCAGGCCCAACAGACUGAUUGUUGAUGAGUCUAUCAAUGAGGACAACAGUGUAGUCUCUCUGUCUCAGGCCAAAAUGGAUGAGCUGCAGCUCUUCCGUGGAGACACAGUGCUGAUGAAGGGAAAGAAGAGACGAGAGACUGUGUGCAUCGUACUCUCCGAUGACACCUGUUCAGAUGAAAAGGUUCGCAUGAACAGGGUGGUGCGCAACAAUCUGAGAGUCCGUCUCGGUGAUGUCAUCAGCAUUCAGCCAUGUCCUGAUGUCAAAUAUGGGAAAAGGAUUCACGUCCUUCCAAUAGAUGACACAGUAGAGGGAAUUACUGGGAACCUGUUUGAGGUUUACCUGAAGCCAUACUUCUUGGAGGCUUACAGGCCAAUCCGCAAAGGUGACAUCUUUCUGGUCAGAGGAGGCAUGCGUGCAGUGGAGUUUAAGGUGGUUGAGACAGAUCCUUCCCCCUACUGUAUCGUUGCUCCUGACACAGUCAUUCAUUGUGAGGGUGAGCCAAUCCGGAGGGAGGAUGAGGAAGAGUCUCUGAACGAAGUGGGCUAUGAUGAUAUUGGAGGAGUAAGGAAGCAGUUGGCCCAGAUCAAAGAGAUGGUGGAGCUGCCUCUCAGACACCCGGCACUGUUUAAGGCCAUAGGAGUCAAGCCCCCUCGUGGAAUCCUGCUUUAUGGACCCCCUGGAACUGGAAAAACUUUAAUCGCCAGGGCUGUGGCCAAUGAAACUGGAGCGUUCUUCUUUCUUAUUAAUGGCCCGGAGAUCAUGAGUAAGUUGGCUGGAGAGAGUGAGAGUAACCUGAGAAAGGCCUUUGAAGAAGCUGAGAAAAAUGCUCCUGCCAUCAUUUUUAUUGAUGAACUUGAUGCAAUCGCUCCAAAGAGAGAGAAGACUCAUGGGGAGGUGGAGAGGCGCAUUGUGUCACAGCUGCUGACUCUUAUGGAUGGUCUGAAACAGAGAGCUCAUGUGAUUGUCAUGGCUGCCACCAACAGACCCAACAGCAUCGAUCCGGCUCUCAGGAGAUUUGGCCGUUUUGACAGAGAAGUGGAUAUUGGCAUCCCUGAUGCAACCGGCAGAUUGGAGAUUCUGCAGAUUCACACCAAGAACAUGAAACUGGCUGAUGAUGUGGACUUGGAACAGGUUGCCAAUGAGACCCAUGGUCAUGUAGGUGCAGAUCUGGCUGCUCUCUGCUCUGAGGCUGCUCUCCAGGCCAUUAGAAAGAAGAUGGACCUGAUCGACCUUGAGGACGAGACCAUCGAUGCUGAAGUCAUGAACUCACUUGCUGUUACCAUGGAUGACUUCAAGUGGGCUCUGAGCCAGAGUAACCCAUCAGCACUGAGGGAGACGAUUGUUGAAGUUCCCAACAUCACCUGGGAUGAUAUUGGAGGUCUGGAAGAUGUUAAGAGAGAGCUGCAGGAGUUGGUCCAGUACCCAGUGGAGCAUCCAGACAAGUUCCUGAAGUUUGGCAUGACCCCUUCCAAAGGUGUACUUUUCUAUGGUCCCCCUGGUUGUGGUAAGACUCUGCUGGCCAAAGCAAUUGCCAACGAAUGCCAGGCAAACUUCAUCUCCAUCAAAGGACCUGAGCUGCUCACCAUGUGGUUUGGAGAGUCUGAGGCCAACGUCAGGGAGAUAUUUGACAAGGCUCGUCAGGCUGCUCCAUGUGUUCUCUUCUUUGACGAGCUUGACUCCAUAGCUAAGGCUCGUGGCGGCAACGUUGGUGAUGGCGGUGGAGCAGCUGACCGCGUGAUCAACCAGAUCCUGACGGAAAUGGAUGGAAUGUCGAGCAAGAAGAAUGUCUUCAUCAUCGGAGCCACAAACAGACCAGACAUCAUUGACCCUGCCAUUCUGAGACCCGGCCGCCUCGAUCAGCUCAUCUACAUCCCCUUGCCCGAUGAGAAGAGCAGGAUCAGCAUCCUGAAGGCCAACCUCCGCAAGAGUCCCAUCAGCAAGGAUGUGGACUUGGACUUCCUGGCUAAGAUGACCAACGGCUUCUCUGGAGCAGAUCUUACCGAGAUCUGCCAGCGGGCGUGCAAACUGGCCAUCAGAGAGAGCAUUGAGAGUGAGAUCCGCAGAGAGAGGGAAAGGCAGACCAACCCAUCUGCUAUGGAAGUUGAAGAGGACGAUCCUGUUCCAGAAAUCAGGAAAGACCACUUUGAAGAAGCAAUGAGAUUUGCUCGCCGUUCUGUCAGUGACAAUGAUAUUCGCAAAUAUGAGAUGUUUGCUCAGACACUGCAGCAGAGCCGUGGAUUUGGAAGCUUCAGGUUUCCCUCUAGUACUCCUGGAGGAAGUGGUCCAAGUCAUGGUGCAGGCGGAGCGGGAACUGGUCCGGUGUUCAAUGAAGAUAAUGAUGAUGAUCUUUACGGAUAAAAGCAGACUGCCCCUCAGUGGCCAGUACUGGGAUCACACCUGUACAAAUUCUCACCAGAUUCCACAUUUUUAGGACUUUGUGCUUCUUUCAUGUUUUUUUUUUUUUUUAUUCUCCCCCCCCCCAUAUUGAGAAAGCAUGUAGCUUAUUGGCUUACCCUGACUUCAUUCUGAGUUGGGGAUUUUGGAAAUAUAAGGUGAGUCAGACGCAGAGUUUCUUCUCAGUGGGGUGGCUGGGUGACUGGGUUUCUUUUUUUUUUCUUUUUUUUUUUUUUGAGUGGCCUCAUUCUCUGUAUUUCUCAACACAAAUGGCUAUGCUGAUUGGAAUAUGUGCGAGACUUGGAAAGACAAAAAAAACACAUUGCUGAUAUUUCUCCUUUCUUUUUUAAAAUAAACAGUAGCAUAUAAUGUAUUACAGAUUUGUCAAGGUUAUGUUGUUGAAAAUAAAAUCUGAAGAAAUUGAAA